AUACCUGCUGGCGAGGUUGCACAACUGGUGUGACAAUCACAGUCCAGAGUACACUCACUGGGAAUAUUACAUCUUGUCUGGACCAAGAACAACAGCAAAAACUGACGAAGGAUUGUUUUUUUUGUUUCUUUCUCCUGGGAUGAUUCAGUACAUGUGACAACUGUUGCCUAGAAACAGUUAUCAUCAACAGACCUCCGAUGUCCACAGGAACUUUCAGUCGUCAGUUAGUGAGUCAUUCCCGUUAUCUAAUGAAACUGGUAGAGGAAGCUGAUUACCUCCCCUUGUCAACAACCGCUGAGGAUUAAGACAAGGACAGGUCUUACUCAAACAAGGGGAACUCGACCCAUUUUUGGUUGCCAGAGCAAUCAAAUUAUACAACUGUGAGAUUAAGAAAUAUCAGACAUGUAUGCUUACUAUAGAAGCAUGUCAAUACCAGCGACUCCUGGGGGGAGGUUGGGCUCGCUAACUUACAUCCUUGGCCAGUGUCUUCAUAUAGCAGGAACAGCCUCGCCAUACUGGACUCGGAAUGAAGGCUACCACAACGGCAUCUGGAAAGACUGUUAUAAGGGAACGUGUACCUCUGUCUACGACGAAAAUAGGAUACAUAAAUGGCAAUGGCUGAGGGCAGUGCAAGCAAUGGCUGUCCUGGGAGUUAUCAUUGCCUUAUUUGGAAUCAUCGCUUCCAUCGUGCACCUUCGUACCGGCAACAAAAGUCUUCUGACUAUUGCGGCCUUGUCAGCAAUUGGAGCUGGUAUAUUGGUGGUGUUGGGUGCUGUUAUCUACGUCGCCUUCAACGACUCCAGCGAUCUCUACUGGGCUUUCUGGUUCGAGGUGUCAGCCAGCAUCAUAAUGCUGUUUUCAGGUGUUGGACUGUUCACAGAGCUGUGUAGAGGAUAACCGCAUGACCUCACAAUUCCAGGACACACAUAACAAGCACUUCCGGGUGUAGUUGGUAACAUUUGCAGAGAAAUGCCAAUGUGACUCUGAUUUUUUAACCAUUAGGUGCCUAAUCCGCCUGCUAUUCACAAUACACAAAUACAAUACCACGUACCUAAUGACAUAACGCAUCCCCUCACCACAUUCUACACGCUUGAGCCGGAUGACCGCUCCAAACCAACGAAUCAACUUAUGUCCACUCAGUACUUAGGAACUGACGGAACCAAAAAUUCCUCUUGAUAUUUGAUCACAUUGAGAUAUAAUCGAAACAAUGUAUUUUUAAAUCUUGUUUGUCGUAUUUUACAACGGUCCAAAAAAUACGAUCACAUACAAACACCUGCCUUGGCUAUAGGUGCUACUGGGACCGUGACAUUAUAAUCAUUCUUAAAAUGAUUACUUUUAGCUGACGAUUGCACAAUUACUCCCAACAAAUCAACACCAUGUCACUGUUUGUGUGUUUGGGAAGCAUUGUUACGCCAAAUGCCAGGGUUCCUUUCCAAAACUGGAUAACACAUGGACAGCCCAUUUCUGUAUCUCCUGUUAAAGACGGCCUAAACAGGUAACCCCUCACUAUAAUUUAAGGGCAGGGUCAGAGUUAUGAAAACAAUGCAGGCUUAUGAACAGGGUUCAAACAUGCGCAACUUGCUCUUUGAUUGGGUCACAAUCAAACUGUAGUGCACAUGAGCUUGCGCAACAGAGAGAAAAAUGACCGGUCUUUCUGUAUGCAAGCCACACGUGUAUAGGAAGACUGGUCAUUUUCACUUUGUUACGCAACCUUAUUUGCGCUACAGUUUGCCUGUGAUUGAAUUCACCCUGCACAGCGCCCAAGGCACUAUAUGGGCAUUAAAGAUCACUGAGUUGA